AUGCAAAUGUCUGGUAUACCUAAUUAUUAUGGUUCAGUUCGUCGAGCGGCAUAUGGUGAUCGUAAUUCACACACACAUGAUCUAUCCAGUAAUUAUUAUUAUGAACAUCCUCAACAACAUUAUAAUAAUCGUUAUAAUUAUUGGAAUGAACAUUAUCAACAACAACGUUCAACAAAUAAUAAACAUUCUAAACAUGGCGGUGCACCAAUUAUAAAAAAUCAACUGCAAAGACAACUAAUAGUCAAUAGAGGUGGUAAUAAUAAUCAUAAUAAUUUUCGUCACCAUUCAGUAAGUGAUAUGAUCAAAAAGAAGGUGAAGAAUGAGAAAUAA